AUGACUUUCAUGGGAAAUUAUCCAUCGAGUCCACCAAAAUGCAAAUUUGAGCCUGCAUUAUUCCACCCCAAUGUUACCAUCUCUGGUACCGUUUGCUUAUCACUUUUGGACGAAGGAAAAGAUUGGCAUCCAGAUAUUACUAUUAAGCAGUUAUUGUUUGGGAUACAACAACUUUUAAAUGAUCCAAACAUCAGCGAUCCUGCUAAUUAUGAAGCCUCUCGUAUUUAUUGUAAAAAUCGUGAAGAAUAUUACAGACGUGUCCGAGCACAAGCCAAAGCGAUGACCAGAAAAUAG